AUGGCAACGAUGAACUUCGCACCCAGCAGCCCCCUCCAGCUUGACGCUGGAGUGAUUCUCCAAAGCCUUCCGAUCGUCGCAGCACUUAUUAUCCUUUUUUGCAUUUUGAAGUUGGGACAUAAUUUCUUUCGCUCUCCCUUGAAGCAUAUUCCAGGCUCGCGGCUCAGCGCCUUUUGCGGCUGGGACGAAUUCUACUCCAAUAUUGUCUUGAACGGCCAGUGGUGUAAGACAUACCCUGAGCUGCAUAGGAAGUAUGAUUCUCCAAUCGUGCGGGUUGGCCCCAAUCAUGUCCACGUCAAUGAUAUCGAUAUAUAUGAAAAAAUCUUCCGCAUGGGAACCGACUUCUGCAAAGAUCAUACCUUCUACACUUGUGCCAAUAACGAUGGAUCAAUCUUCUCCAUUACUGAUCGUGCCAAACACCGAGAGCGACGAAAGGUGCUGAGCCCGCGGUUCUCCAAGCAAGCAGCAGAGGCCGGGGCUCCGGGGGUGUUGCGCAGGUUACAGCAACUGGUCGAUUAUAUGACCGACCAGACUCGAAUGGGAAACACAUGCGAUGCGACCGACUUGUUCAGGGCAUUGAUGAUUAACGUGGUUGGAGAGAUUCUAUUCGGCGACUGUGGCGACCUUGUUGAAUACGGGCCGAGUAAACCGGCGCUGUUGGACAGCGUUGACAACCUCUCCUCGCUUAUUCCGUGGUUACGGUUUUUCCCUUACCUGGGCACCGUUGCGUCCAUGUUUUCUACUUCAAUCUCCGAACGGCUUGAGCCCGCUGGGGUUUACAACUUCAAGCAGAAAUGCAAGGAACAUACCCUGCCCCGGAUGGAUCAGCCAAUUAGUGAUGCCAUGGAUCGCAGCCACGCGUCGUUGAUCGAGCUGCUGAUCGCACAUUCCCAUCAAGUGCAAGGUAAAGCGCCAACAUUGCAAUACCUCACCGAAGAGACCUUCACCUUCAUCGACGCCGGAGUAGAUACGAGUGGAAGAACAAUCGCUGCAGCAUACUAUAUUGUCCGGAACCCUGGUGUACAACAGAAGCUGCGCGCCGAGCUUGAUGAGUCCUCUGUUACGGAUCAAGCAGGGAAACAUGUAGAUGUGAAGCUACUCGGAACACUUCCGUACCUGAAUGCUGUGAUCAAAGAAGCUCAUCGGAUGUGGCCCGCUCUGCCUGGACCGUUACCUCGAAUUGUUCCUGCUGAGGGACUGACAGUGGGCAAGCACUAUGUACCUGCUGGCAGCGUGAUAUCAGCGUCACACUAUAUGCUCCAUUUCAACGAAACCAUCUUUCCGCAGCCACAUGAAUUCCGACCUGAAAGGUGGCUCGAAGGUCACAGCUCCGAGCAAGAUCGUUACUUGAAUCCCUACAGCCGUGGCAGCCGCGCGUGUAUCGGCAUCAACCUCGCGCAACUGCAACUGCAGGUCACUCUGGGACAUUUGUUUAGCCAUUAUCAGAUCCAACUCUGCGAGCCGAUCCCUCAGAGCUUGGAUUGGCACGAUCACUUUGUGGCGACACCGCGUUCAAAUGUGAUCAUCAAGAUACUCCCGCGCGAUCAGGGCUACUGA